CUGCUGUUUCACUAGUAUUUAUGUAUAUGCAUGCCCAACAUCAUUGAUCCCUUUGUUGUGCAUGUCUUUUUAGACAAUUUUUUUUAGAGUUUUAAGUAGUGUUGUUGUUCUACAAUGACUUCUCUGUGUAUAUUCUCGUCUCCUCUUCACUAUGCAACAUCAUUAUUAUCGUCGUCUCAAUGGGGUGUUAAUCAAUUUUAUCAUUCCCAACAUAGAUUUAAUCAGAAGAGGAGAAAAAAAUGGUGUGGUGUUCAUGCAUCACUAUCUGACACAGAAGAUUAUCAUUCUCAGAGACCACCAACACCACUACUAGACACUAUAAACUAUCCCAUUCAUAUGAAAAAUCUCUCUACAAAGGAAUUGGAACAACUGGCAAAAGAGUUGCGAUCCGACCUUAUUUUCAAUGUUUCUAGAACUGGUGGUCAUUUAGGAUCAAACCUCGGUGUUGUGGAACUCACUGUUGCUCUACAUUAUGUGUUCAAUACUCCUAAGGAUAAAAUCUUGUGGGAUGUUGGUCAUCAAUCAUAUCUUCAUAAAAUUCUCACUGGUAGAAGGGAUAAAAUGUAUACCAUAAGGCAAACAGAUGGAUUAUGUGGGUUUACCAAAAGGUCUGAGAGUGAAUAUGAUUGUUUCGGCACGGGUCACAGUUCAACGACCAUAUCAGCAGGACUUGGAAUGGCUGUUGGGAGGGAUUUGAAGGGAGAAAAAAACACUGUAAUUGCUGUUAUUGGCGAUGGUGCUAUGACCGCUGGCCAAGCUUAUGAAGCAAUGAAUAAUGCUGGAUAUCUUGAUUCGGACAUGGUUAUUAUACUAAAUGACAAUAAACAGGUCUCUCUCCCAACUGCAACUCUUGAUGGACCCAUACCACCAGUAGGUGCGUUGAGUAGUGCUCUCAACAGACUACAAUUAAGUAGGCCUUUCAGAGAUCUCAGAGAAGUUGCAAAGGGUGUAACUAAACAAAUUGGCGGACACAUGCAUGAGUUGGCUGCAAAAGUUGAUGAAUAUGCUCGCGGAAUGAUUAAUGGCUCGAAAUCCACCCUAUUCGAAGAGCUUGGACUUUAUUACAUUGGCCCUGUUGAUGGUCAUAAUAUAAAUGAUCUUAUUUCCGUUCUCAAAGAAACCAAAAGUACUCAAACAACCGGUCCUGUGCUAAUCCAUGUUAUAACAGAAAAAGGUCGUGGAUAUCCUUAUGCAGAAAAAGCGUCAGACAAGUACCAUGGUGUUGCUAAGUUUGACCCUGCAACUGGAAAACAGUUCAAGGCUACGGCUAAAACUGAGUCAUACACAAGUUAUUUUGCAGAAGCUUUGAUUGCAGAAGCAGAAGCAGACAAAGACAUAGUUGCAAUCCAUGCUGCAAUGGGAGGUGGAACUGGCUUAAAUUUCUUCCAUAAACGCUUCCCAUCAAGAUGCUUCGAUGUCGGGAUAGCAGAACAGCAUGCCGUUACAUUUGCUGCUGGUCUGGCUUGUGAAGGCAUUAAGCCUUUCUGUGCAAUAUACUCAUCAUUCAUUCAGAGAGCUUAUGACCAGGUGGUGCAUGAUGUGGAUCUGCAGAAUCUUCCGGUAAGAUUUGCUAUGGAUAGAGCUGGAUUAGUUGGAGCUGAUGGUCCUACACAUUCCGGCUCAUUCGAUGUAACUUUCAUGGCAUGCCUCCCAAACAUGGUGGUGAUGGCUCCGUCUGAUGAAGCUGAGCUCUUCCACAUGGUUGCUACUGCCGCCGCCAUUGAUGAUAGACCAAGUUGUUUCCGCUAUCCGAGGGGGAAUGGUGUUGGCGUUGCACUACCAGCAGGGAACAAAGGAACUCCUCUCGAGAUUGGAAAAGGUAGGGUAUUAAUUGAAGGCGAAAGGGUUGCCCUCUUGGGCUAUGGAACAGCUGUUCAGAACUGUUUAGCCGCUGCAUCCUUAUUGGGACUCCACGGCUUGCAUGUGACGGUGGCGGACGCACGUUUCUGCAAGCCGUUGGACCACUCCCUCAUUCGCAGCCUUGUGAAAUCUCACGAGGUAUUGAUCACCGUGGAAGAAGGAUCCAUCGGAGGAUUUGCUUCUCAUGUUGCUCAGUUCAUGGCCCUUGAUGGCCUUCUUGAUGGAAACUUGAAGUGGAGGCCAAUGGUUCUACCUGAUUGCUAUAUUGACCAUGGUUCACCUUCGGAUCAAUUAUCUCUGGCUGGUCUCACACCAUCUCACAUAGCAGGGGCCGUAUUCAAAAUCCUUGGACAAACAAGAGAAGCACUUGAGAUCAUAAAUAUGAAAUAAAAUCUACCAUGCCUUAUCAUCUCCAACUUUGUACAAAUGUUGUUAGCCUUAAUGUCCCUUGUAUAAUGUAUACAAAAAUAAUGUAAAAUCUUAAUGUUGUUUAGCAUUGGGAAUUAUUAUAUCAGUGGACAUUGAAGCUA